AUGGACGAAUACAAGCUCAUGAUUGAAGAGAAGAAGAGGCUCAUGAGGGAAAACAAUGAGCUCCAUCAAAUGAUGAUUAAACGAGAAGAGACCUACAGAAGCCAAUCUCAACAGCUCAUGGAACAAAUUCGAAAUCUUCAACAACAAAAUCAAAACAUAUUGUUUGCUAAACAACAAGUAGAGGCUCGGAAUAUGGAAAUUGAACAAACUUGUGAUGAUUUGAAAGAACGAUUGGAGAACUAUUUAGCUAAAACAAAUGUAUGGUAUUCUCAUUCGGGAACUUCAAACAAAGAAACAGAUUCCGCCUAUCGACGAGAACGAAUGGAGAGUAAAUUCUCGGAAUAUCUCAAACAAGUUGAGAUGCCUCAAUUCCAAACGAAUGGAUUAAAAUCUCAAAUGUUUGAUCUAAUGAAGAUUACUGAAACACAGAAUGAGCAGUUGCGAAGGGAAAACGAUAAACUCAACCAAGCUUUAAAACAAUUACAAGAAACAAAAGUGAAUACCCUAACACAGGAAAACGAUAGACUUCUGAGAGAAAUAGAUAGGUUAUCAAAACUGGUCAACGAACGAGGAGGAAGGACUGUUGACGUUAUCAAAUCAGAAAGAGAAUACGAGUCGGGUAUGAAUACAAUUGAAAACUUAACGGAACAAAUUGAAUUUUUAAGGUCACAACUAGAGACAGCUCAUGACAUUAGGCUUGAAAACGAGAAGCUCAUGAAACUGGAAAAGGAGAACAAGGAUCUGCGGAAUCAAAUCAAUCAAUUAACCUCAGAAAGGAACGCAUUGCUUCAAGAUCUAGGAGAAACUAAGAGAACCUUUGUGGAUAUAAGCAAGCAUACGCGACAUAACGAUGAAGCAGUACAAUCCCUUAAAGACCAACUCACACAAUCUCAACAAAUGAUAGCUCAAAAGGAAGGAGACAUUUCCAAGUUGAAAAUAUUGGCAAAGAAUUUAAGCAGCACCAUCGACUCUUUGCAACAAGAAGUUCAAAAAUUAAACGGAAGAACCAACGAGGCCACCUCUUUGGAGCAGGAACAACGACUGAAAAUUGCAAACCUUGAGAAGACAAUAUCUCAACAUGAAGAACAUAUUGGUAAACUUAGAAGUAUUAUCAAAGAUAUGGACUCGAACAAAGAUUCGUUAAGUAUGGAACUUGAUGAAAAGGAUGAGCUUAUUUCAUCUCUCCAAAAGAAGUUGUCUGAUGUUACUAACGAGCUAGCAGAAUACAAAGCAAAAUCUAACCAAUUGGAUCUAACUGUUCAACAACAAUUACAACAGCUCAAAGAAAAAGAGAGAGCUGUCACAAAUAUGAAGGAACAAACAGAACUCCUUCAGAAAGAAUAUAAUAGGAUCAAAACGGAUUUUGAAUUUAAAUCGAAAGAGAUUGUUCACGCAGGUGAAGAUAUUAAACAAAUUACGGGAGAGAACCAAUAUCUUCAUGGACAGUUAAAUAAGGCAAUCGAGGAAAGAGAUAAACUACGACUGAAAUUGGAGGAGGUGACGUCAGAAUUUGUAAAUAUGGAACACCGUUUGAAAGCCAAAGACCAUGAACUCGAAGACAUUUUAUUCAAUUACAAGUCUCUCAAUAAGGAGCAUCUAAUGAUCAAAGAUAAAUUCGAAGAAUUAUCUAGAGAGUUAGGAGACGCAAGAACGAAAUUAGAUCUUAAAAACAAUGAAAUGGCUCACCUGUCAAAUAGAUCAAAAAAACUAGACGAUGAAAAUCAAAAAUUCUUGAUCCAAUUGAAAAACGCUCAGCAACAAAUCGAUCAACUCUCAAGCCAGUUGCACUCAAAGACUGUUUCACUUGUAGAGCUUGAUCGAGAGAAGGAAAUGCUAUUGAAAAAACUCUCAACAGCUCAACACGUGACGAUUGACCUGCAAGAUCUGAACACAACCAUGAGAAGACAAGUGGGUGUGUUGCAGACAGAAAAUGAACACUACAAGAAACAGUUAUCGGAACUUCAACUCACGAAGGAACAAUUGGCUAAGGCCCUCGCUAACGAACAAGUGAAAAGAAAUCAAAGUGCAGAAACAGAAAAGAGGAUGAUAGAAAUGGAUCACGAAAUACAUAUUCUAAGGAAACGAUUGGAAGAAAAAGAACAGUUGUUACUUCAUGAAAGCGAAACCCAAACUCGUCUGAGGCAACGUGAAAAGAAUUUGAAGCAUGAAAUUCAACGUAUGCAAGUGUUACUUCAACAAAUGGACAUGGAUAGGGAGCGAAUACAAGAAGAACUCAAUGGAUUCUACAAGAACAAUGUAAAAUAA